AUGGCGCCCCGACCGUCCCUGGCGCGUCGCACCCUCGCGCCACAGGGUGAACAUAUCUACGAGCUCGGGGUAGUGGGGAGGAAAACCGGCGUGACUGUCCCAGACUCAGGUGUCCGCGACGAACAUGGAAUGGAACCGAUCGAGAACCUCUUCUCGUCACCCGGCAAGUCCGACAACGAGGAUCAGCAGGAGGAAGGGUCAGACGGGCAUGGGAGCGGCGAGGAGGCAAUGGACAUCACUACAACAUCUGGAAUCGGUCCGGCGGCGAUGAUCAACGGUCAUGGGAAUAGGUUGCCCGUGCCGCUCUCGCGCGUCCGCUCGCCAGCAAAGACGCUGCUCAACUCCCCCGCCCAGCGCAACCGCUUCCUUGCACGCAACUCGUCGUCGCCCGCCCGCGGUGCCGCCGUUAGAACCGACGACUUCAGGUUUAGUAGCCAGCCCACGGGCGACCAAGCCUCAACCAAGCGCCGGCUCGACUUUCAGAGCGUCGCAAACGGAGGCCCGCACUCACUGUCGCGGCCGCAAGCUCAUGGCCAUCGCCCGCAGCCCCUGCAGCAUGACGAGGAGGAAGGAGAAGGGGAACAAAGCGAUCAUGGCAGGGAAGAUGACGAAGUUAAUAACUUUGUAGAGGAAUCUAUGGCCAUGCUGAACGACGGCGACGACUAUGACAACCCCCCGGAACCAGAUCCAGCGCAGAAUGAGGCAGAAGAGGAGGAAGAAGACGGUUCAGCAGCGGAGGACGAGACUGAGGAUCCCCCUGCUCCCGCCCCGAAAAAGAGACAGGGCCGACCACCGAAACAGAAGCAAACCGCAGCAGCGAGGGCUGCAAAACCCCGGAAGAAGACUGCACAACCUGUUGCGGAAGAGGAGGACGGGGAGGACCAACAAGACGACGAGGAACACCCAGAGGGGGAGGAAGAGGAGGAAGAGGAGGAGGAGGAGGAGCAGGAACCAACACCGAAGCCGCAGAAGCCGACGCCAGGGAGGCGCGGCAGGCCCCCAAAGGCCGGCAAACCUUCAGCUCCCCCCGCGCAGGCUCCUCCCCGUGGUGCCAAGAAGCGCCGCUCGCUGGAUCAAGAAGGGGCGGCAGAGGAACCGUCGUCCGAGCCCAAGCCAAAGCGUCCGCGCGCGUCUGCGGCGCCCAAUGCCGAGAAGCCGGCCCCUAAGAAGGCAGCCGCUCCGGCCAGGAAGACCCCCGAGCCCCCGGCGGCCGCCGCGCCGAAGCCCAGAGGCCGCAGGCGCAGAUCAUCCGUCGAGCCGGGCGACGUCUCCCAGGUUGCCGUCGCCCGCCGCCCACCUCUCCCCAAGUCCCGCGGCCUGCUCAUCAGCCGCCGCGAAGUCCCCGGCGACCCCAACUCGUCCAUGCACCGGACGCGGUCCGGACGCACCUCGUUCAAGCCGCUCGCGUGGUGGCGCAAUGAGCGCGUCGAGUUCGACAAGGAUGAGGCCGAGGACGCCUUCGUCGGGCGCAAGCACAAGGGCAAGUUUGUGUUGCCCAGCGUCAAGGAGGUGUACAGGGUGGACGAGCCGGAGCCGGAGAUGCGGGCUAGAUCUCGCCGGGGUGGCAAGAAGGCGCCCGGAAGGGGAGGCAGGAGGCGGAGUAGCGGCGGCGGCGGCGGCGAUUUCGAUGACGAAGAUUACGGACCCGCCGAACCGUGGGAGCUAGACCCGGGGACGGUCACGGGUGAGGUGGUUGUCUGGCAGCCGGAGUACGAAUACCAGCCGCCGGCGCCCAACGACCUCGUCAGCGUCAUGGACAAGCAGCUCGCCAUCAGCUCCGCGGCGAUCAAGACGACCGAGGUGGUGGGCGGCGAGUUCCGGUACGCAAAGGUGUUUAGUGAGGGGUUCAUCGGCGCCGGCGUGGUCGACCUGCCGCCGGGAGCCGUCAAGCGGCUCAAGAAUUCCCGCAAGGUCUUCAUGAUCUUCUUCAUGCACGUUGGGCGGGUGCGGGUAACCGUUCAGGAGACGAGUUUCCGCAUCAGCAAGGGCGGGAUGUUCAUCGUGCCCAGAUACAACGAAUACACAAUAGAGAAUGACUACGACCAGCCGGCCCGCAUCUUCUUCGCCCAGGGGCAGGAAGUAGCGGUAAGUCCGCCGCCGGAGCAAGAAGCGGCCGAGGAAGACCAGGAUGCGGAUGAGGAGGUCGAGGUGAGCGAAGGGGAGGAGGUGGGCAGUGGGGAGGAAUAG